AAUUGAAAUUGCACCAAAUAAAAAAGAAAUUAACUAAAGAGAAAAAAAAUGACAUUCCUAAUGGCGGAUUCCAUCUCCUCUCCAUCUUCAACCCUUCUCCUCUGCCCUCAGAACACUUCACCUUCCCCACCGCAGUCUUUCUUAUUCGACUCAUCCCUUCUCCAAAAGCAACAGAACCUUCCCAAAGAGUUCAUGUGGCCAAACAAGGACCUAGCCAGCGCGCAGCUCGAGGAGCUCAACGAGCCGAUUGUCGACCUCGGCGGCUUCCUACAUGGCGAUGAUGCCGCGACCACCAGAGCUGCUGAGCUGGUCCGCAUGGCGUGCCUCAACCACGGCUUCUUCCAGGUCACCAACCACGGUGUUGGCCCCGAGCUGAUUGAGGCGGCUUACCCAGAAGUCGACAGGAUCUUCGAGCUCCCUGUCAGCAGGAAGCACGGCAUGAGGAGGAAGCCCGGCGGGGUCAGUGGGUACUCCAGCGCUCAUGCCGACCGGUACUCCUCGAAGCUGCCAUGGAAAGAGACGUUCUCGUUCGGCUUCUCUGGAAAUAAGGAUAAGCCUGCCGUGGUCGAGUACUUCAAGUCCGUUCUAGGCGAAGAUUUUGAGCACUCUGGAUGGGUCUACCAAAAAUACUGCGAGGCGAUGAAGGAACUUUCGCUCGUUAUAAUGGAGCUCUUGGCCAUAAGCCUUGGAGUGGGCCGGAUGCACUACAGGCAGUUCUUCGAGGAUGGCAGCUCGAUAAUGAGGUGCAACCUAUACCCGCCCUGCAAGAACGAAGGGCUGACCCUGGGGACCGGUCCUCACUGCGACCCAACCUCUCUCACCAUCCUCCACCAGGACCAGGUCGGAGGGCUUCAGGUCUUUGCGGAUAACCGGUGGCAGGCUGUCAGACCCUGCCAAAACGCUUUUGUUGUAAACAUCGGGGAUACAUUCAUGGCGCUAUCGAAUGGGAGUUAUAAGAGCUGCCUGCACAGGGCGGUGGUCCACAGGGAGAGGGAGAGGAGGUCGCUGGUGUACUUCGCAUGCCCAAGAGAAGACAAGGUGGUGAGACCCCCGCCAGAUUUGGUAUGCCGAGAAGGGGUAAGACAGUAUCCCGAUUUCACCUGGUCCGACCUACUCCACUUCACUCAGUCACACUAUCGAGCCGACGUUGCUACCCUCGAAAGCUUCUUCCAAUGGUUCCUAUCCUCUGGUAAGAACAAGAAGUCCUCGUGUGAUGAUCGGAGAUCCAAUUAACUUGCUAUCGGUAUUCAUGGUAGCUUUGUAUAAUAUCUAAGUGUUGUUCUUCUUUAACCUAUAUGUCUUGUAUAUUCGUAAGUUCAAUGCUGAUGUAUGACGUGGCUGAGCAUAUAUUUGGUAAAAUGUGCAAUUUCAGUUUUUUUUUUCCGUUCAUAUAAGAGACCUGUAGACCUAAUACAAGUGCACGAUUUCGUUUUCAUUUGUCAAAA